CGGUAGCGAGCCUGUUACACCGUUUAACGACUUGUAGAGUAAGUCGCUAUCAGUUUGAGCUCCUGCAGCGGUGUUUGUGUGCCUGACUCUUACACACGAGGUCUUUUACGGCUCGUUUUAAACCUUACUACCAGUUCUGACAUUUUAUUCGUUCACUAUGUCCGUCUUAUGUUAUAAUAAGGGAUGUGGACAGAGAUUUGACCCGGAAAACAACCCAGACGACUCCUGCACCUAUCAUCCAGGAGUCCCCGUUUUCCACGAUGCACUGAAGGGAUGGUCCUGCUGCAAAAGAAGAACAACCGACUUCUCAGACUUCCUCAGCAUUGCUGGCUGCACCAAAGGUCCUCAUAACAAGGAGAAGCCACCAGAGCCGGUGAAACCAGACGUCACGUCCUCAGGAGAAAAAAAAGAGGGAGAUGACCAGAAACCAAAGUAUAAGGAGUACAUCAUCUGUGCACCAAAGCCCCAGAAGGCCAUUUUUAGACCAAGUUCAGAUGAGCCCAUGGUGAGAUUGCAGCAUAAAAUAUCUGCUUCUCUGAGGCAGGCACUGGAGAAACUGAAGCUGACCGAAGAUGCAGCAGAGAAGAAAGAGGAAGACAGCGACGAGAUCAAAAUUGGAACAUCCUGUAAAAACGGAGGUUGCACCAAAAGUUUUGAAGGACCUUCCAGUGACUCAGACGUUUGUCUUUACCAUUCUGGAUGUCCCAUUUUUCAUGAAGGGAUGAAAUACUGGAGCUGCUGUAAAAGGAAAACUUCUGACUUUAACACCUUCCUCUCUCAGGAAGGCUGCACCAGUGGAACACAUCUUUGGAGGAAAAAAGAUGCUGAUAAACAAGUGGUUCCAUGUCGGUUUGACUGGCACCAGACGGGGUCACAGGUCAUCAUCUCUAUCUACGCUAAAAACGCUGUACCUGAGCUGAGCUUUGUGGAUGCAAACAGCACUACGCUUAACAUACAUAUUAUAUUUGACGGAGAAAAGGUAUUUGAGCAGAAAAUCAGCCUGUGGGGUGUGAUCGACGUGAAUAAAAGUAUAGUGAACAUGAUGGCGGCUAAGGUUGAAGUUGCCAUGAAGAAGUCGGAGCCCAUGUCGUGGGCUCGUCUGGACCUUCCUCCUCCUGUUCCCCCGCCCAAAGAGGAUGAGAAGAAGACAGAAGAAGAGGCUGAUAGUGAAAGUGAAAGUGAAUGAUAAAGAAUUUAAGAACACAUUUUCCAUCUUUCACUGAAACUUAGGCAGCACAGACAAUUCUGCUCGUAUUUUAGGAGUCUCCUCUUUUGCUGACAUGGAACUUCAGCCUUUAUUCCUCAACAUUUACAGCCACCAUUUUGCUCGUUUAUUCUCAAUUUUGUGUCCUAUAUGUUCAUUAUUAUUUUAUUGUUGUGAUUCACCUAAAAUUUGUGGUUUUCAAAGAGAUUUUCAGGUGAGAUCUAAAUAAUUAGGGGGAUCCCUGACUUUAUUACAACCUUUAAUCAGACUUAUCUGCACUGAGAUACUGUAUGUCAGGGGCCCAGAAUGGGACCAGGUUGUUUUGACACCCAUAAUGCCUUUUUUUGGACAGCUCAUCCAAAAGGACCUCUGUUCUGAGCGCAUUCUACUUCGAACUAUUUUUCUAUAAGAAAAUUAUUCCAUCCAAACUUUUCAUGCUUCUCAUCACAUUCUCUUAUGUGGCAUUCUUAUUGGUUUUUUUUUUUUAUAUUUGUUUUUUGGCGGGUUUCAUCAGUUGUGUGAAGUCUUGCAUUAUUGUGUCCACAUUAUAAUUUAAAGGUCUACCUGCAUUUGUGUGAUUAGAAAACUGCUGUGUUUUGUCUCCAUUAGAUCUGUGGAACUAAGAUCUCAAUGACGAAUUUCUAUUAAUGAUAGUAUUAAUAAGAUUAUUCAUAAUAGUGUUAUAGCACAUACUCAAAUGAAAUUCAUGUUUGACACAAUUCUCUUCCCACAAAUGCCUCAUUCCAGUGAAAGAAAAUGUAGAUUUUCCACAGGUUUUUAAAACAGUUCCAACUAAUGUACUGUAUAUUUUAUACGAGCUUCGCUUCCAAAUGAUCACUGCACUAUCUGUCCUCAUCACCAACGCUGCACCUUUUUAAUGAGAAUGUAUACUGUAAAAUCCCAGAGCUACAUCUGAAUAUCAAUCAUUUUAAGCAGAGUACUGUAUUAUUAAAAAGCAGUCCUGACAGCAUGUGUCAAGGCCCUGGAGACUUGGAAAUAAAUUUGGUUGGAUGAGA